GAACCUGGACUCCAUGGACCAGGAGCUGGGAGCAGGAGGAGCCGGCCUGCUGGACGACCAGGAGGUGCACCGGCUGGAGGACGACCUGGCCGUGGUGUACUACCAGCUGGGCAUCGCGGUGAGGGCCCAGGCACAGUUCACUAAGAAGGAGACGGAGGUUUUCCUGCAGUACGUGCAGGACUACCGGCUGGAGAGGCAGCUGAUGGCGCUCUACAACCGUCUGAUGGGGGUCUCAGCGCUGACCGACCAGCCCACCCUGCUGGAGGAGCUCAUCCUGAACCGCAAGCCCAAACGCUGGGAGCUCAGGGAGUUCUGCGUGAAGAUAAACUUUGUGCUGGGCACCGGGCUGCUGUGCCUCUUCACCCAGGCGUCUCUGACAGGCCGGGACCAGGCUCUGCUGAUGAAGACCUGGUCCGACCGCAUGGGGGCGCUCUACAGGAAGAUGAAGAACUCAGGAAGCCGCUGCUUAGGCUACUUCCUGGAGCAGGCGGAGGUGGACAUCCGGCACCAGCUCCAGGAGGCCGUGCAGAGCCGAGCCCCCCCCGAGGAGGCGGCGGGGAGCAUCCUGAAGACCCUGGAGAAGAACUACGAAUGGCUGCGCUGGGCGGUGAUGCUGCACCCUGCAGUGGGACCCAUGGAGGAGGAGAAGGAGGAGGGGGAAGAGGAGGUAACUCAGCAAGAAGAGAAGGAAGAGAAGGAAGAAAAGGAGGAAGUUGUGCAGCAGUCAAACAACUUCAUUUCCGUGGCGUCUGACCCUCCCGUUCCCCAUGUGGUGGUGUGCUUCCGGGACACGCCCACUUCGCUGGAUAAGAGCAGGAUCCACCAGCUCAUCGUGGAUCUGGAGUGGAAGAUCCCCAACCCGCCGCCCGAGGUGUACGCCGCCAUCGAGGAGGACCCGGGCAGGGCGCGGUGCUACCUGGCCGCCCGCAUGCUGAAGAAGCUGCAGGACGGGCUGGGGGAGGGCGUGUCCGUUCACGUGGUGCCCGGCAGGAUGGAGAUGAAGUGCAACUUCCCCCCCGCCUCCUACUACCUCUACGAGUACAACCACCGGCUGGCCUCGGGCACCGUGUGCGUGUUUGGAUGAAAGAGUACGAGAAACAAAGGGAAGGGGAAACGACCUGCUGUUCUCUCACAGAUGUUUCAUAAUCAUAUUACAGAAUCGGCUU